AAAUUCUCUUAUCUUAGGUAACCCAGAGAUAAAUGUAUAGAUAUUAGUGAGUACCAUUCUAUUAACAAUGCUUUCACAGUUUUCUUUCGUGUUAGCAAUUUUAUUUAUUGGUGUACGAUCAGAAGAACCAUUUGCUAGACAACAAAUACAAUCUUAUGUCUCAUGUCGCACCGAUGCAGACUGCAAGAAGAAUUCUUUCUGUUAUGGAAAUGAUGAUGACAAAUAUGGAAAAUGCAAAUGUAAUAGCGGAUACGAAUUGAAUAACCGAAAUGCCUCAUUUUAUGAAUGUUUGCCAAGAGUGUAUCUGGGGGACGCCUGCGAGGAAGACUUCCAAUGCCAACUGGUGGCAAGCAACCUGGCAGUAUGCAACCAAUUCAAAAUAUGUGAUUGUAGCCCCGAAAGCCACAAGUCUGACAAAAUGUGUUUCGCCGAUAUCAAGUUGGGAGAAGUCUGUAUGGUUGACCAAAACUGUCUUUUAAGUGACGGCCAAUACGCUUUUUGCGUCGCCGGAAUUUGUACAUGUCGUAAAGAUGAGACACCGUCACCGGACAGGACUCUGUGUCUCGGCUCAAGAAAUCUGGGGGAGCCUUGCAAAUCAGACAAGGAAUGUCUCUCGGUUCCCAACACGAGGUGCUUGGAAAAAUGUGUGUGCGAUACGACGUACACUUUAUCAAGAAAUGAGACUGAGUGCGUGAAAGCCGCGACGAAAUUCGGAGAUCCGUGUGAUUUUGAUGGUCAAUGUUCGAAAUUUUUAACAGACAGUGUUUGCAAUAAUGGGGCUUGUGGGUGCUUGUCUCAUUUACAUGAAUAUGGCAGUAGAUGUGUCAGAACGAAACAGAUUGGUCAGUCCUGUGAAAAAAAUGAAGAGUGUAUUUAUAAAAAGGAAAUGAAUGGGAAUGUCAGGUGUGAGAAUAAAAAAUGUAUGUGUUUGUUUGGGAGCAACGCGAGUGGUGAUUGUAAUAUCGAAAAAAUACUUGACGAUAAUGGAAAAAGUGUAGCCAGUGGCCUAAUCACCACAAAAAGUUUGUUGUUUGGGGUAAAUAUCUUGCUACUUUUUAUAACGUGAACAAAUUUUUGUAUAAAUAAUUUAGGAAAGUUUUAACACAUAAAAUAAAAGAAUUGCAAUUACGUAAAUACGGGGUGCAUCAUUUACUACUUGCUUAGAUCCUGGAAAAAACAUUUUUACUGAACUCCAUCUUUUUUAAUAAUUUUGGUCACAUUACUAGAACAUGCGAGGCCAUUUUCCGAUGGGUACAGCUCGUCUUUACACUCGCAUUUCAUUUGAAACUCACAGAAAGCCCCCUCGAUGCAAUGUUCAUCAUAUCGACACCUUUGCCCAACUCCUGAAACCACGUGUUCAUUUAUUUUGUUUUGAUUUUAUAAAAGUGUACCUCCAACACAUUUAUCACCAUAACUAUUAAGAAUAUAAUUACGGUCACAUCGACACGUUUGGUUUUGUCCACAAAUAUAGCCAAAAGCUGCCCCACAGUCGUACUUAUUGACGCAAGCUCGUGAAAGAAUAGGACCUAGAAACUAAUUUUAGAAAAUAUGAUUUGAAAGUGUAGAAAAAAAUCACUUUUUUGACCGACAAUAAAAUCAGUGAGAAAAGUGAGAAAAAGGUAAGUGCAGAAAUUUGGAGUCUUCAUUGUAUUAAAAUUUGAAUUUUAUGCCCAGGUGCGAAGGUAAAGUUUGAUCGAUAACUUAUAUCUUUUGUGUUUGCUUUUCUUUUGUUAGAAUUAUGAUAAAACGGAGGGUGAAAGGGGGAACUAAAGGAAAUUGAUAGUAAAAGAUAUGUUUAUAGUAAUUCACGAAAAGAAUAUAAAUUGGGUCAGAAAAAAGACACAUUCGCGAAAAAAUUGUUAUUUAAUCGCCGUUGUCAUACAAAUGUAUACAUUUUGCGUUAAUUUUUCUUGUAACAGUAAAUUCAAAUUUUUGCCUCCUAUUUUAGGGUAUUCACUAGUUGUUUAGUUUCUUUUUUCUUUAAUGUUGGUGUCAAGACUGACAAGUGGAAAGAAACCCCAAACGCUAUCGUCGGUUGAUGAAUGGUGAUUCUUCUUAUUCUAUAGUGAUUAUCAGAAAGAGCUGAAUUGCAACGCUAUUUCAGUUUUUAGUUCACUUUUAUCCCUGUAAACCACCCUUAAACUCUAGAAAAUGGAGGAUUUAUAUGA